CUCUCUCUCUCUCUCUCUACCUUUCUCUCAAGGUAUCUCUUCUUUGAUGCUGGCUGCAGAUUAAGGGAAAUUUCGCUCCUUGUGUUUGGAGAGCGAAUUCUUGAGCUCUGAAAUAAACAAAGUUCAGGAAUUCAAUCAAAUCAGGGAAAAGAAAAAGGGCUUAAGUAAACGGAGAUUUAUGCCACCAACUGUCCUCUUAACAUCUUUUUAGGCACGCAAUCUGAAUACAACUUACAAUGACUGGAGGUGAUAGCAUUUCCGUUUAGAAGAAUUUUUCCAGACUCAGAGAACUGGCAUUCCUAGUGAUUGUGGCAUCCAUGUCUCAGUAAGCAAUUGAAGACUUCUUUUAGUACUAAAUAAAGGAGGAGAUGCCGAAGCAUCGGUGGAGAGAGUCAAUUAAAUCCUUUUUUGGAAGCCACAUUGACCCUGACAAGGAUGAGGAACUUAAAGAAUCAAAAGCAGAAAUGGAGGAUAGAGUUCAGAAGAUCUUGAAGCUUCUCAAAGAAGAUGGUGAGAGAGAUGGAAACGGGCCUCUGGCUAACAUGAUUGAGGAUUUCCACAGACAUUAUGAAUCUCUCUAUACUCGCUAUGAUCACCUAACUGGGGAGUUGAGAAAGAGAAUCCAUGGGAAACAUGGAAAGGAUACUUCUUCUUCUUCAUCCAGCUCAGAUUCAGACUCCGAUCAUAGCCCAUCAAAGAAGGGCAGCAAAAAUGGAAAAAUAGGAAAUGACUUUGAGAAGGUAGUCGAUGAUUAUAAGCUAGGGUUAGAAGCUGCAACACUGGAAGUGGCUGAUCUCAAGAGGAAGUUGGUGGUUGCAAUUGGAGAAAAAGAAACUUCAGAUUCGGAAUAUCAAAGUGCUUUGGACAAAAUACAAGCAUCUGAGAAGGUUAUCAAAGAUCUGAAUGUCGAAUCUGAAAGAUGGAGUGAAGAGAAGUUAAAACUUUUGGAUGAGAAUGAAGAGCUAAACAAAAGGUUGGAAAUUGCUGGUAAGCUUGAAGCUGAAUUAAACCAAAAACUAGCGGAUAUAAAUAGUGAAAAAGACAGCUUAAUCUUCGAAAAAGAGGCGACUAUAAGUCGAAUUGAAGAGGGAAAUAAAACUGCUGAGGAUUUGAGAUCUUAUAGCAGUCUGUUAAAGGAUGAGAAAGAAGCACUGCAGCUGGAGUUGGAGGCUACAAAAGAGAAGCUCUCUAGAGCUGAGGAGAAAUUGGAGUCCUCACAGAUGCAAGUUGCAGAGCUAAGCAGCAUGCUGAGGGCUGCUGAACAGGAAAAUAGUUCUCUUUCCUUGAAAAUUUUACAGCUCUCAGAUGAGAUCAAGCAGUUGCAACAUAAACUCGAAGAUCAUGUCACUGAAUCUAGCCAGUUGAGGGAUAAGUUGGAUGAGAAAGCAAAGGAGAUUUUGGCUCAUGAAACACACAAAAGUGAAGUAACAGUUCAUGUCAGAGGUUUGGAAACGGAGCUUGAUCUGUUACGCACUCAGAGAGAAGAAAUAGAAAAACAGAAAGAAGGAGAACUUUCUGAUAUGCUGAAGAAACUUGAGGACAAAGAGAAGGAUUCAUCAUCUCAACUAGAGUAUCUAACAGCAAAGAAAAAGGAUAUGCAAGUUGAAAUUGAUACUUUGCUCAGUCAAAAGAGUGAGUUAGAAGAAGAAUUAUCGCGUAAAAGCAAUGAAGCAUCAGCUACAAUCAAGGACCUAACAGAUCAGAUCAAUGAGAAGCAGCAGAUUCUGGAUUCUCUAUCUAUUGAGAAAGUUGAACUAGGGAGACAGCUGGAGAGAAGAACUCAAGAAAUGUCAGAAUCCCUCAUUCAGAUGGAUGCCUUGAAAGAGGAGUUAGCAAGCAAGUCUGCUGAUCAGCAGAAAAUGCUGGAAGAGAAGGAGAGUUCUAUGUCACAAGUGAAGAACCUGGAACUGGAGGUAAGUUCCCUGCUACUUUUAAAAGAUGAAAUGGAGGAUCAGCUGAGAAGCAAAAGCAAGGAAAUUACUGAGUUGCAUGGGGAGAAGGAGAUAAUUCAAACUAAAAUUUCUGAAAUGGAGCAAAUAAUCAUUGAGAAAGAAAGCAAGGUCUCCUCCUUACAGAAGAGGUUGGAAGAUGGAGAGAUUGAAGCAUCUGCUCGAUUUGCAGCCUUAACUGAACAAGUUAACAAUCUCCAAGAGCAGUUGAAUUCUUUGUCUGCUCUAAAAAUUGAAUCUGAUGCCCUGCUUGAGAAGAAAACUGCAGAAAUAGGGGAAUAUGCCAAUCAGGUAGAAAAUCUCAAGGAGGAAUUAGCAAGCAAAUUAGUGGAUGGGCAAAGAUUGCUGGGAGAGAAGGAUGGUUUGCUUGUGCAGAUAAAUGAUCUGGAACUGUUGGUGGAGUCUCUGCGGAACCACAAAAGUGAAUUGGAAGGGCAUAUAAAUAGUAAAGUUGAUGAGAGCAACUGGUUAAGCGAGGAAAACAAGGAUUUGCAGAGCAAGAUUUCUGAAUUGGAGAAAGUAUUGACAGAAAGGAUGGAUGAGCUCUUUGCCAUCCAAAAGAUAUUGGAUGAUGCAAAUAUUGAAGCUUCCACCCAAAUUGAUGCACUGAAUGAGCAGGUUAAAAGUUUGAGACAGGAGAGGGACUCCUUACAGUCUGAGAAAAGCCAACUGGAAUUACAAAUGGAGAGGAGAAUAGAAGAUUUUUCAGCAAAUUUGGCUCAAGCAGAGGAUCAGAAUUCUGAAUUACAGAAGAGGUUGGAAGAUGGAGAGAUUGAAGCAUCUGCUCGAUUAGCAGCCUUAACUGAACAAGUUAACAAUCUCCAAGAGCAGUUGAAUUCUUUGUCUGCUCUAAAAAUUGAAUCUGAUGCCCUGCUUGAGAAGAAAACUGCAGAAAUAGUGGAAUAUGCCAAUCAGGUAGAAAAUCUCAAGGAGGAAUUAGCAAGCAAAUUAGUGGAUGGGCAAAGAUUGCUGGGAGAGAAGGAUGGUUUGCUUGUGCAGAUAAAUGACCUGGAACUGGUGGUGGAGUCCCUGCAUAACCACAAAAGUGAAUUGGAAGGGCAUAUAAAUAGUAAAGUUGAUGAGAGCAACCGGUUAAGUGAGGAAAACAAGCAUUUGCAGAGCAAGAUUUCUGAAUUGGAGAAAGUAUUGACAGAAAGGAUGGAUGAGCUCUUUGCCAUCCAAAAGAUAUUGGAUGAUGCAAAUAUUGAAGCUUCCACCCAAAUCGAUGCAUUGAAUGAGCAGGUUAAAAAUUUGAGACAGGAGAGGGACUCCUUACAGUCUGAGAAAAGCCAACUGGAAUUACAAAUGGAGAGGAGAAUAGAAGAUUUUUCAGCAAAUUUGGCUCAAGCAGAGGAUCAGAAUUCUGAAUUAGCAAACCAGGUUGCAAACCAAGAGAGGAAGUUGAAAGAGCAGGAAGAUGCAUUCAACAAAUUGAGUGAUGAAUAUAAACAGCUAGAGCUUUUGUUUGAGAAGUGCAAGGAAAAUCUUAGGGUCACAGAGAUAAAGAUGACAGAGAUAGUAGAAGAAUCUCAAAAAAUUUAUGAAUCCAAAAAUCAGACAGUUAAUGAACUGGAAGAAGUUAUUGAAGAUCUGAAGAGAGAAUUGGAAAUGAAAAUAGAUGAAAUCAGUACAUUAGUGGAGAAUGUCCGGACACUUGAAGUUAAGCUUCGUCUGGCAAACCAGAAGAUCCGGGUUACAGAACAGUUAUUGACUGAAAAUGAAGAAAGCUACAAGAGCAAAGAAGAAAAGUUGCACAAUGAACAAGCACUACUUGAAGAAAGGAUAGCUACAUUAUCAGGAUUAGUUGCUGCACAUAAAGAGGCUCAACUCAGACUAAUGAGAGAUGUUCCAGAGAAGGUUAAUGAUGUCAUGAUUGAAAUGGACACAUUUAACAUGAAGUUCGAGGAAGACUAUGGCCAUUUGGAGUCCCGAAUUUAUGAAAUCUUGAAUGAGUUUAAGGUAACAACGAACUGGAUAAAAGAGACGAAUGGUGAAAAGGAACAGCUACGGAAGCAGAUAUCCAUUAUAGUGCAGCAGUUAAGGGAUGAGAAAGAACAUGGUCUGGUGCUAACAGAAAAGGUAGGAGAUAUGGAGAAAUCCUUACAGAAGGGUGAAGAUGAGAAGAUCAGUUUAGUUAAAAGCCUGAAAGGUCUUGAAGAGAAGUUGGGACAACUGGAAAAGGUGGUAAAAGAAAAGGAUGAGAUGCUGGGAGAAUUAGAACAAAAGAUUAAGAGUAAAGAUGAUGGGAUCUCGGAACUAGGUGAGGAGAAACGAGAAGCUAUCAGACAGCUGUGCAUUUGGAUAGAUUACCACCGCAAUCGCUAUGACGAUCUCAAAGAGAUGAUCUCCAAGACAUCUCCUGCAAGAAGGCAGAUAACUGCUUAAUCUGUUGAUUUUUUUCGUAUCAUUUUUUCCUUAGAUUCUUUUAUUUCGGGUGUUAAAUUGAAGAUUGUCUCUCUCUGGUCCUUUCCAUUUUUCUCAGUGUGGUCGAUAGGGGCAGAUUACUACCGUCUCGUGUUUACCCGUUAGGUUGUAUAGAAAGUAUUGGAAUUGAUUUGUUUUGGGUUGCUUGGUAUUUUGUCCAUGGGAAAAGUAGAUAUUGAGUAAAGAAACGCCUCAUCGUUAAAAA